AUGGAUGAAGAGCAUGUCGAUGCCAUGCUCACCCAAUAUCCUGGCGAUGACACCCGCCCUACCAGCCGGCGGGAGCUUGCUGGCUGGUACUGUUAUGGAUGGGCUGCAGAGGUCUUCACAGUGUGCGCCAUGGGCUCGUUUCUUCCCAUUACGCUAGAGCAGAUGGCUCGAGACCGGGGGUUCCUUCUAUCAGACAAGACAACCCCAUGUAGCGCUACUUGGAAUCCCUCUGGGCAGGCAUCUGUCCAUGGAGCUCUCUCAUACAAAGCCCAGACGGACACCAGUCAAUGCAUCAUCUAUGUCCUCGGCGCUGAGAUCAACACCGCCAGCUUUGCCUUGUAUACGUUUUCCCUGAGCGUCUUGGUUCAAGCCAUCCUCAUCAUCUCUAUGUCGGGCGCAGCCGAUCAUGGGAGCUAUCGAAAAACGCUUCUUGUCACAUUUGCCUUUGGCGGCUCAGUCGCGACGAUGCUAUUCCUUGUCGUGGUUCCAAAAGUUUAUCUCCUUGGUGGCCUACUCGCAGUCGUUGCAAAUACCUGCUUUGGUGCGUCUUUUGUCCUUUUGAACUCAUUUCUGCCUGUCUUGGUUCGUCAUCAUCCAUCAACACACGAGAGGAUCGAACGUGUGCCCUCGUCUGGUCAUGUUACGGAACCCUCUGGUCAAGAAUCUCUGCCAUCUCGACCAGGAUCCAUCCGCCAGACGACCCCCGUUGCAUCUACCCCACUACUUGGGCCGACUGGAGAGGGGAGACAGAUGUCCUCCACCACGAGUACUUCUUCAGAACUCCAACUUUCCACCCAAAUAUCUUCCUUUGGGAUCGGCAUAGGCUAUAUCGGCGCAGUGAUCUUGCAGCUCAUCUCCAUUUUUGUUGUGAUGACUAUCCGUCAAACAACCUUUUCUCUAAGACUGGUGCUCUUCCUUAUCGGGCUGUGGUGGUUCGUCUUUACCAUACCGGCCCUUCUGUGGCUGCGUGCCCGGCCGGGUCCACCGUUGGUGGACAGUGACGGGAAGCCACUUCACUCCUGGAGUGGGUAUAUGGUUUAUGCUUGGAUGUCUCUCGGGAAAACAGCCAUGCGGGCGCGACAACUCAAAGACAUUGUGCUCUUUCUAGCCGCAUGGUUUCUCCUUAGCGAUGGCAUUGCUACUGUCAGUGGGACUGCAGUACUGUUUGCUAAAACGCAGCUCAACAUGAAGCCCGCUGCGCUCGGAAUGAUCAAUGUGAUUGCCAUGAUCUCUGGGGUAUUCGGAGCAUUUUCCUGGAGCUAUAUGUCGAGUCUUUUCAACCUUCGGGCCUCGCAGACGAUCAUUGCAUGCAUUGUCUUGUUCGAACUCAUUCCGAUCUAUGGAAUGCUCGGGUUUGUCCCGGCUGUGCAGCGCUGGGGGUUUGGUCUCCAGCAACCGUGGGAAAUGUAUCCGCUGGGUGCUGUCUAUGGUUUAGUCAUGAGCGGUCUAUCAUCAUAUUGCCGAAGCUUCUUCGGCGAACUAAUUCCGCCGGGGUACGAGGCCGCCUUCUAUGCCCUUUAUGCCAUCACCGACAAAGGAUCCAGUGUUUUUGGGCCUGCUAUUGUUGGGGCCAUCACCGAUCGCUACGGUGAGAUCAGGCCUGCAUUUGUGUUCCUGGCCGUUCUCGUGUUCUUGCCACUGCCCUUAAUGCUUCUGGUGGACGUGGAGCGAGGAAAACGCGAUGCUCUGGAAUUGGGGGCCGAGUUAGAUGGCAUCCCCGAAGCAACUGGAUAUGGGGCCACUGCUGUUGAGCCGGCGCAUCAAGCGAUCGAAUGA